AUGAGUACGAAAAUGAGUGACGGCUCUCUGAUAUUGGACGUGAGUAAGACAGUGAGUGACGGCUCUCUGGCAAUGGACGUGAAUACGAUAGUGAGUGACGGCUCGCUGAUUGUGGACGUCGAAUCACUGCUGCUGAUGAUGAGGACGAUGAGGAUCGGUAUGAGUACGAAAAUGAGUGACGGCUCUCUGAUGUGGGACGUGAGUAAGACAGUGAGUGACGGCUUUCUGGCAAUGGACGUGAAUACGAUAGUGAGUGACGGCUCGCUGAUUGUGGACGUGAGUACGACAAUGAGUAAUGGCUCUCUGAGAGUGGACGUGGAUAGCCGACAAACCUGA